AUGGAACCAAAAGCACCUUCCAUACCACAUGAUAGUACAUGUUUACAGAGCUUAUCUAAAAUGCUUCUUACUUUUCAUGACCUCAAGAUUCCUAUCGCUCCAGGGAAAACUCAGGGCCCCUUACAAGUCCUUGAAUUUAUGGGCAUUAUUUUGGAUACAGUGAAAAUGGAAGCCCGGCUGCCUGCAGAUAAGAUCCAUCGCAUUAGGACAAUUUUUGCCGAGUUUGAAGCUAAAAAAUCUUGUACUUUGAAAGAGCUGCAAUCCUUAAUUGGAACUCUAAAUUUUGCAUGCAAAGUCGUUCCUCCUGGACGGCCAUUCUUGCAGCGGAUGAUUGACUUAACCAGAAAUGUCAAGGAAUCCCACCACCAUAUUAAACUAAAUUUGGGAUUUUUUAAGGAUUUAGCUAUGUGGAAACAAUUCAUCACUAAUUGGAAUGGGGCAAAUUUUUUCCUCUCAACGUUAUGGCAAGAUGCUGACAGUUUGCAGCUAUUUACUGAUGCAUCAGGAACAUUAGGUUAUGGGGGGAUAUUUGGUACUAAAUGGUUCCAGGGCACUUGGGAACCUUCCCACCAGCUGGAUAAACCAGGCAUUAGUAUUGCAUGGCAAGAGUUAUUUGCGAUUGUAAUUGCAUGUCAGCUUUGGGGAAGCCUUCUCUGCAACAAAAGAUUAAUUUUUAAUUGCGAUAAUGAGUCGGUUGUUAACAUAAUUAAUUCUAAGCGUUCAAAGGUUCCCCGUGUGAUGAAUCGAUUUAUUACGCCAUCUUACCCUAGUCACAUUGAAAUUUAA